CUGAAGUAAAGAUGAGUUCAGUUCGGAAUCUGAGAGAGUUGAUCAACGAGCGACUAACUGCUGCUGCUGAAGAAAUAUUCGCAGAGUUUGAAAAAACCAUCGUUCAGUACGAGGAAGAGAUCGAUCGUCAGCGCGGACUGCUGGACAACAUCUGGAAACCACGGAUAACGUUACACACCACAGAUUUCCCACAGCAAAGUGUCUGUAAGGAGGAGGAAGUUCUCACUGACCAGCAGCUCAGUAACCAGGAGAGGAACUCCAGUCUGGACCAGGAGGACCCAGAGCCUCUACAGAUUAAAGUGGGACAGCAGGAACUCUGCACCACUUUGAACCAGAAUGACUCAGAGCCUGCACAAAUUAAACAGGGACAGGAGGGACCCAGCACCAGUCUGGACCAAGAGGACCCAGAGCCUCCACAGGUUAAAGAGUGCAAGUCCAUAUGUGAAGAAAUAUCCAGAGAAGUCCUGCAGUCUGUGGAUGCUGAUGAAACAUUCACAGAAUCUCAAAAAACAAUCGUCCAGUGCGAGGAAAACAACGAUCGUCAGCACAGACUGCUGGAUAUCACUUUGAUACCUGAAUUAAAGUUACACAGAAUAGACUUCCCACAGCAACAUGCCUGUAAUCAGGAGGAGUUUUUUGCUGACCAGCAACCCUGUAACCAGGAGAGGAACUCCAUUCUGAACCAGGAGGACCCAGUGCCUCCACAGAUUAAGGAGCCACAGGAGGAACCCUGCAGCAGUCUGAACCAAGAGGGCCCAGAGCUCCCACAGGUUAAACAGGGACAGAAAGCAUCCUGCACCUUUUUGCUGUUACAGUGCAAGUCCACAUGUGACGAAAUAGCCGAGGAAAUGUUAGCAUCUGCUGCUGCUGAGGAAACAUUCACAGAGUCUAAAAAAACCAUUGUCCAGUGCAAAGAAGACAGUGAUCAUCAGCACAGACUGCUGGAUAUCCUCUGGAAACCUAAAAUAACGUUACACAGAAUAGACUUCCCACAUCAACGUGUGUGUAACAAGUGGGACGUUUCUGCUGACAAGCAGCUCUGUAACCAGGACAGCAACUCAAGUCUGAACCAGGAGGACCCAGAGCCUCCACAGAUUAAAGAGGGACAGGAGGAACUCUGCUCCAGUCAGGAGGGAGAGCAGUUUGUACUGAGGCUGGAGGCUUCCGGGGAAAGUGACAACAGUGAAACAGAACCAGACAGUGACCAGUUCAGAGAGCCAGAGAGCUCAGUAGCAGAGAGCCGAGCACAACGGAGAAAGAGGCACAUAGACUUAGAAUCAACUAGAAGUGCAGAGCUGAAGCCAAAGAAGAGACAUCUCAGAGGAAGAAGUCAAAACAACAUGGAAGAAAACUCUCACAUGUCAGCGAGUCACAGUGAUACUGACACAGAGACAGGGAGAAAGCCUGUCAAGUGUGAUGUUUGUGGAAAGGCGUUUAAGUACAGGUCAAAAAUGAGGUAUCAUCGCAGAAGCCACACAGGUGAGAAGCCAUAUGCUUGCAGUACUUGUGGGAAAAAAUUCACUCGAAUGUCUUCAAUUAAAUACCACAAAAGAAUACACACAGGUGAGAAGCCAUAUGCUUGUGAAAUAUGUGACAAACGGUUUCGAGGUACUGUUGACUUGAUAACCCACAUGAGAACUCACACAGGUGAAAAGCUGCAUUCUUGCAAAACAUGCGGGAAAACUUUUACUCAACGUGGUCAUUUGUUGUGCCACAUAAGAAUUCACACAGGUGAGAAGCCAUAUUCUUGUGAGACGUGUGGGAAAAAAUUCAUUCAGUGCAAUCAUUUGUUGCGCCACAUGAGAACCCACACAGGCGAGAAGCCUUUUUCUUGUAAGACAUGUGGCAAAAGCUUCAAUCAGACUGAAAUUUUGAAUGUCCACAUGAAAACUCACACAUACCAGAAACCUUGUAUCUGCAGCAUAUGUGGAAAAGAAUUUAAAGCUACAUCAGCACUGAUGCGACACAUGAGAACUCACGCAGGGGAGAGCCCAUAUUUGUAACGUGGGGAAAAUUAUACUCAACAUGAAAAUUUAUUGCACCACAUGAAAGUUUAAAACUGUAGUCCAGAAACAUCAACGUUGACCAACCUUGAAAAACAUGUAACAAAUCAUUCAGAUCAAUAAUAGUCCUUUCAAAUUUACAGUACCUUUAGACUGUGCUUUAACGCUGACUCUGAGUUUAUUGCAUAUUACAGAAAGAUGGGUCUAAUAAGAACUGCCCAGUGAAUAUGUGGUGACUCUUAGAGAAGCACAAUGAAUUCGCAAACAAAGACAAUUGGAGACAUCUCACUGUUAAGAGAAAAAAACUCAGAAUUAAAUGUUGUGUUGUUUUUAAAAUCUAUUAUAUUUGAAACGAAUGGGCACUGGUGCGCCCUGAUUUAACAAAUGAACAUGAGUUUAACCAUCAAGUACUUUGAAAAAUGUCAUGUUAAGUUCAUAUGUGUGUAAAUGAGUUGCAGUCCUGGUCAUCUUGUCAAAAUGUGAUGUUUGUCUGUGGUGGUGCUUUGUAAACCUUUGUAUGAAGACAUACAAAAAAAUAAAACCAAUUUCCUGUGCAGUAACAUCUGGAAGAAACAGA